GUUAUUUUUGCGUAAUGAAGAGAAAUCCUAUCUUUGAAAAUAUUGAAUAUUACAUCUUUAAUUAAUAUUUUAUUGAAAGAAUCUCAAUAAUGGCAUGUCGUGAGCUACAGACAGCUGACCUGAUUCAGAGUGGCAUGGACCGACCCCCCUCCCCAGCCCGACUAGCCUACACCUCAGACAAACACCCCAGACACACCCUGGAAGCAAUCAACGUCCUACGGAAACAUCGUGAAUUGUGUGAUGUUGUCCUCAUUGUUGGAACUAAAAAGAUCUUCGCUCAUCGCGUUAUCUUGUCUGCAUGUAGUCCCUACUUUCAUGCCAUGUUUACGGGAGAGCUGGCUGAGAGCAGACAGACAGAGGUGACCAUCAGAGACAUUGACGAGACAGCUAUGGAGCUAUUAAUAGACUUCUGUUAUACCUCUAACAUUACUGUGGAGGAGGGGAACGUUCAGACCCUCCUCCCUGCGGCUUGCCUGUUACAGCUGGCCGAGAUACAGGAUGUGUGCUGUGAGUUUCUGAAGAGACAAUUAGAUCCCUCCAACUGCCUGGGUAUCAGGGCUUUUGCUGACACUCAUGCAUGUAGAGAUUUAUUAAGGAUUGCCGAUAAAUUUACUCAGCAUAAUUUUCAAGAGGUGAUGGAAAGUGAAGAGUUUAUGCUUCUUCCUGUCAAUCAGUUGGUAGACAUCAUCUCUAGUGACGAACUAAAUGUUCGCAGCGAGGAACAAGUGUAUAACGCGGUCGUCAACUGGGUCAAGUUCAACAUUGGAGAGAGGCGAACGCAUCUACCAAUAGUAGUUCAACAUGUUCGUCUUCCCUUAAUGAGCCCCAAAUUCCUGGUAGGAACAGUGGGAUCUGAAUUACUUAUAAAGAGUGAUGACACAUGUAGAGACUUAGUGGACGAGGCCAAAAACUACCUACUCCUACCCCAGGAGCGACCCCUUAUGCAGGGUCCUAGAACUCGUCCUCGUAAACCAAUCAGGUGUGGAGAGGUUUUAUUUGCAGUUGGAGGAUGGUGUAGUGGUGAUGCCAUAUCCAGUGUGGAGCGGUUUGAUCCCCAGACCAGCGAGUGGCGUAUGGUGGCACCAAUGUCCAAGCGGCGCUGUGGGGUGGGAGUUGCUGUAUUAAAUGAUCUUUUGUAUGCAGUUGGUGGACAUGAUGGGCAGUCUUAUUUAAACAGCAUUGAAAGGUUUGACCCUCAGACAAACCAGUGGAGUGGGGAUGUAGCCCCGACCAGUUCCUGUCGGACGAGUGUAGGAGUGGCAGUGCUGGAUAAUUACAUGUAUGCAGUAGGGGGCCAAGAUGGCGUCUCCUGUCUGAACUUUGUAGAGAGGUAUGAUCCACAACUUAAUAAGUGGACUAAGGUAGCGUCUAUGAGUACCAGGAGGUUAGGAGUGGGUGUGGCUGUUUUGGGGGGAUACCUGUAUGCUGUCGGGGGUUCAGAUGGGACAUCGCCACUAAACACAGUUGAAAGAUAUGAUCCCCGUAGCAAUCGAUGGACACCAGUCUCUCCCAUGGGCACAAGGCGUAAACAUCUGGGAGUGGCCGUGUAUAACAAUAUGAUCUAUGCAGUUGGAGGGAGAGAUGACACAACAGAGUUGAGCAGUGCGGAACGAUACAACCCCCAGGCUAAUACAUGGCAAGCAGUGGUUGCCAUGACAUCACGGAGGAGUGGGGUUGGAUUAGCAGUUGUAAAUGGACAACUUAUGGCCAUAGGAGGCUUUGAUGGAACAACUUAUUUAAAGACAAUAGAAGUGUAUGAUUCAGAGGCAAACUGCUGGAAAUUAUGUGGGGGAAUGAACUAUCGCAGGUUAGGUGGAGGAGUGGGGGUGGUCCGCAUGCCCCAACAUGAAUCUCAUCUCUGGUAGUCAGCAUAAAAUGCUGCAUAAAGACACAAUCUAACAAAUGGCAUUACAGUAGCAGCAAUUCAUGUAUAUAUGGGGAGUGCUACACCUAUCUCAAAUGCUGAGUGAAAGAAAAUUCUACUGUAAAUUAUAGGGAUAUUUUUCCCUUCCACAUGAGAAACACCUUAAGAUUUGUACAUAAAUUUCAGUAUUUAUCUUGUUUAUAUAUACUGUAGUGCUUUCACAUUUGUUGUCACAUUGAUUAACUUCUCAGUAUCAGAAAUCUUGUAGGUUACUGCCUGUCUGCAUUUCUUUGCUACUUUCUUUUCGCCAGAUUCGGAUAGCAAAGGAAGUAGUUUUCAUAUUUUGUAAAUAACUUGAGCUUUGUAUGUUUUCAGAAAAAAAAGUGCUCUUUUCAUUGUACAUGUAUUUCAAGUUAUUAUUAUUGCAUCUGAGAGAUUUCAUGGCAAAGUUUUGUCAUUCAAGUGAUACUUAAUUGAGUGUUUUGUGUGUAUGGAAAUUGUAAGUGUUUUGCAUAAAGACUUUGUAAAAGUUUGAAUGAUUUAUUGAGUAGCUUGUAAUUUUGAUAUGCAAGGCAGAAGAAUGUACUUUUAAAUACCUUAUGUAAGAAUGGAAUGUUUAUUAUGACUGCUUUUUCUGUACUAAUUAACCCAAUACUUUCAUAAUUGGCUUUUUUCACUGCAGUCAUUCAUCAAAUAAAAGUCAUAAAAUUUAAAAAUUCCAGUUUUGAAUAAAAAAAAUUAUCAAAAGCUUCAUGUGUGAAAGUAGAGAUGAACAGUACAUGUAUUAAAUAUCUUUAAAAAAAAAAAAGCAACAUGUCAUUUGUUUGUGAUAAAUCAACACAACUGAUUAUUGGCUGUAAAAUGUGAUGUAUGGAAAUUCAGAGACUUUUUUCUGCUUCUUUGAAAUACCAGAAUGCUACAAAUAUGGCUAAAUCUCUUUUAUUUACCUUAAAUAUUAAAAAUAUACAGUUUAGGUUUCCUGCCCUCAGUUUAAUCUGAAAUAGAAAUUUUUUCCAUUCAUAAAUAGUAAAACAGAAAUAAACAGUGACAGAAAUACAAUGAUAGACAUUGUUUGAA